CACAUUUCGGUUGCCUUCGAAAAAGGGGGAAAACAAAACGAGAAGCAGGCUCAAAUCAAUUGGUAAGGGAGUUUUUUUUCGAAGGGAUUCAGGAUGGACUUGCUCAGCGUGAAUCCGCAACUGCUGACCUUUUAUGCCCCAUAUGAUCGGAGUCAACGGAGGAUGCUGAUUCUACUGAAUCCCACCAAUAGGCAGGUUUUGUUUAAGGUAACAUCAAAUGCCUGGGAUCACUACCACGUGAGUCCCAAUGCCGGAAAGCUAGAACCCUACUGCACUCGAGAAGUCAUCAUUAGUCUGAAUAACUUCGAUUAUUGUGCGGAUUUGGAUUCCCCCUCAUCACUUUUGCAUCAAGUCCAUGUACGAACCUCGAGAUCACAUCAAUGGCGAGGCGACUGUAGCCAUUUUCAGGAGAGUUUCCCGCAGUGACAUCUCCUCAAAAACAAUUCAUGUUCGGCUGGAGCCCAAACCAAUUUCGUUGACCAAUUCUGGUUCGGUUUCCCUUUCCAGCUUGGAAAAAGUGGUUAAGGAAAGAGAUACUCAGCCUAGGCCAUUCUGUCCCAAGUGUCCGGAAAGGCUGGAGGCACUUCAAGAGCAUAAAAACCCAAGGGGGAAAUACUUUCUAUCGAAGCUUGUUAUUCUUGGCUCCUUGCUGGGCGCGAUUUUUACAGCAUAUAUGCAAAGACAAAAGAUGCAAGAAAUAAUUUUAAGUAAUUUUUACACAGAAAACGCGAAAGCUUAAAAAUAAUUACAACGAAAGUCUAA